GAUAAAACCCUCCACUGCCUCAGAACUUUUUAAGUGUCUUGGAGACUGCGUUGGCACUGGGCAGCUUGCAAAUCUUCAGUAAGUGGAGUUGCUUACUGUGUCUACGCCCAUAUGUGGAUUCUACUACCUGGGCACAAAAGCCAUCUUCUAUAGGAUUCCCUUCUGCUUUUGGACUUUUGGAGUCUAUUUUAGGGAGCCACAUACCAAAGGCUCCUACUGAGACUCAUGUCUGCGCCCCAGAAGGAUAAAUAACUGUGCUGGAAGUGAAUGUCUUCGGUUUGAAGAAUAUUAUGUCUAAAUGCAACAGAUAGCAUUCAAAGGCAACAUCAUCUGGUUUUUAAAAAGAUGCAUGCCCCCCGAUCCCUACUCCUUCAAGGGGUGAUCAUCAUAUGUUAUUUUAUGAUGGGACUGCACAAUUGUGCAGCCCCCCCAAAGAAGACCUCCUGCAAUGUGCAAAAUGGUAGAGCUGACUGCAGCCACCUCAGCCUCAGUGCAGUCCCUCAAAACCUUAGCAGGAACAUCACCAGCCUGGAUAUUUCUCACAACAGAUUUAUGGGGAUUCCUCCUGUGUCACUAGCCCCAUACCCAGGGCUCCUCCACCUUGAUGUCAGCUACAACAGUAUUACCCAGCUGGACCAGGGAUUGUGCCAGACUCUGCCUCUGCUGAAAACACUGAACAUAGAACACAACCAAGUGUAUGUACUGAAGAAGGAGGACGUGAGGUAUUGCACUAAUCUGACAUGGUUGUUUAUGGCUAGUAAUAAGCUGAAGCUGCAAGGAGAGCCCUUCUCAGCACUACAGAGCCUGGAAGUUCUUGAUGUUUCCAUGAACAAACUGAAGUCCGCUAAGCUUGGUUCUCAGCCUCAGCUGCCCAGCCUUGUGAGCCUCAAUCUGGCAUUGAAUGACUUCACCACUCUGAAGAAAGAUGACUUUUCUUUUCUGAACCAGUCAUCUUUUCUAAAAGUUCUUAACAUGUCAUUUCUGUCUCUGAAAAUGUUGGAGCCUGGUUGCUUUAAGCCCAUUUCAGGUCUACAUACUUUAAUCAUGGAUGGAAGCAAAAUGGGCAUACAGGAUCUUUCUAAACUCUGCACAGAGCUUUCGGAGACAGCCAUCAGUGCUCUUUUUCUCCGGAAUAUGAAGCUGGUCACACUCACUAACAAAACCUUUACAGGGCUACAAAAAACAAAUCUAACCUUUCUGGAGCUGUCCCGUAACGGCAUGGUUAAAAUUGAAGAAGGCUCAUUUCGGUGGCUCUCUAAACUACAGACGCUAAUUUUGGUAGACAACAACAUCAAGCGCCUGAACAAGGACACAUUUCAGGGACUUGUAAGCCUGAAAAAACUCCAGUUGUCAAACGCUCUUGUGAGCAGUCAUCCCAUGCCCACUAUCGAUGAUUUCUCCUUUCAACCACUGAGCGCCCUGGAGAGUUUGAUUUUACAGCGAACUGCAGUCUGGGAAAUCACAGCGCACACAUUCACAGGCUUGACAAGACUUAAGGAACUUGAUAUGAGCUGGAGCAAAUAUACGUCACUCAGAAACAUCACCAGCAAGACGUUUAUCUCACUUGCGGGGUCACCUCUCAGAAAGCUAAAUCUCACAGGAACAGCUAUAGCAAAGAUUAGUCCUGGAAGCUUCUCCAUUUUCAGAAACCUCACUACUCUUCUGCUAGACAACAAUUUUAUCAACCAGAAUCUCACUGGCAAAGAGUUUGAAGGCCUGGGCCAAGUUGAAGAGCUUUACAUGUCCAAUAACCACCAGACAGUCAAUCUAAGCUCCAAGUCAUUUGUGAAUAUGAACAACCUUAGGGUCCUGACUUUGGGAAAAAGUCUUAUAAGCGAAGCUGUUAACUUGGAUGUCUCUCCAUUCAGUCCCCUUCUUAACCUCACCUACCUAGAUCUUAGCAACAACAACAUUGCUAACUUCCGAGAGAAUACGUUGGAGGGGCUUGUGAACCUAAAGGUCCUGAAGCUCCAACACAAUAACUUAGCCGUUUUGUGGAAGAGUGCCAACCUAGGUGGACCAGUGUUGUUCCUCAAACACACCCAGAGGUUAGUAACCUUACAGAUGGAUAGAAACGGGCUGGAUGAGAUCCCAGCAGGAGCUCUGAGAGGGCUGAGUGAUCUACGUUACCUCAGCCUUGCUACUAACCUCCUUAAUAGUCUUCAGGACUCCAUUUUUGAUGAUCUGAAGUCACUGCAGAAAUUGUAUCUACAAAAGAAUCUGAUCACAACUGUGAGGCCCGAAGUGUUUAAAACCCCUCUGAGCAACCUCAGCCUGCUUGUCAUGGACAAAAAUCCAUUUGACUGUACCUGUGAGAGCAUUUUAUGGUUUGUGAUGUGGUUGAAUAGUACAAAUAUGACCAGCGUGCCCGGCAUCAGGGAUCAGUACAUAUGCAACACCCCGCGGGCUUACUUUAACCACUCUAUCUUGAAGUUUGACCCCCUCUCUUGCAAAGAUAUGACCCCGUUUCAGGCUCUUUAUAUAGUGAGUAGCACGGCUGUAAUCAUGCUAAUGGUUACUGCGCUUCUGGUGCGAUUCCAGGGCUGGAGGAUUCAGUUUUACUGGAACAUAAUGAUCAAUCGCACAUUAGGAUUUAGCGACGCUACAGUUGAAGAGGGAAGGGAGUUUGAGUACGAUGCUUAUGUCAUAUAUGCAGAGGAAGACAGCGAUUGGGUGGAGAGAAGGGUGGUCCCCUUAGAGAAUAACAACUGCAGGUUUUGUUUGGAGGAUCGAGAUGCAGUCCCUGGCAUGUCACUGCUUGAGUCCAUCAUGGAUAAUAUGAGAAGGUCCAGAAAAAUCUUGUUUGUCGUCACUGAAAGGCUUCUCAAAGAUCCCUGGUGUACACGAUUUAAAGCCCAUCAUGCACUUCACCAGGUCAUUGAAGCCAGCAGAGACUCUGUGGUUCUGGUCUUCUUGCAGGACGUCCAUGACUACAAGUUAUUCAGCUCACUCUUCCUUCGCAGGGGCAUGUUGCGUUCAUGCUGCAUCCUGGACUGGCCUGUCCAUAAGGAGAGGGUGCCGGCUUUCCACCAGAAGCUCCUCAUAGCACUUGGCAUGACUAAUCGAUUGCAGAAAUGACUGCAUUCCUUUGGUAGCAAUGGGAAAAUUCCCUCUGUAAUAUUAAUUACCAUUGUAUGUUAGUGAGGCUAUUUCUAGCCAAAAAUGUUUUCAGAAAAAUAUUUUAGCUUUGCAUGUAACAGUAAUUUAAGAUUGUUACCAGCCAGCGGUCUCAAAACAGCCAAGCUCACAUUAUGUCACCCACCAGAGGGAGCUUUUGGUCCAGUACAGCGCAAUGCAUUUUGGUAGUUUUCUACCUUUUGAGUAUAGCGAUCCUUUUUCCUCUGUUUUCUCUCAUCAUGUAGCACCAAUUUCAAAAAUCUUUGCCUCUCUUUACUGCAGAAACAUUUUCGUUUUAUGAAAAGACCACCUUUCCUGCAGUGAAAUACCUCUUUGAUUAUUAAACAGUUUAUUAUGACUACACAAUCACAGGCUUGUAUACUGAUGCUGAAAUGGUAAUGAGCAAAAAGUAAAAAUGUAUUUAAAAAUACAUGUGUUGUGGAAAAAAUUAUCCUAUUCUCCAAUGCUUUAAACGAACAGACAUUUACUGUGUAUGCUAUAUAUGGGAUAAAAUAUCUACAAUAAACUGUGCAGUGUAAGUUCAA